UACGACUAGGUAGAAAGAGGAUGUUCUUACCUGAUAUCUUCGAAUGAUAUUAGUCACGUAGCCAUGAAUAUACUGGAUUCGAAUAGAUGUCGAACGGUUUUUAUCUUCCUAUUGUCUGGAAUCCGUGCCCUCACCUUGCAGUCGUUCUUCGAUAAGGAGUCAAGUGUUACCCUCUAGGAAGAUAAAUGGUCCCUUUGGAGAACAGGAGUAAGAGAGUUUCGCUUCUCGUCGGAUGUGGCCGAAACCUAGGUACCUAGGUAGGUACCGUAUUUAGAUAAACGUGCAAUCUUGUAUUACCGAUCCUUUUCCCGUGUAUAAGGUUGUUGUAAGAGAGCGUCUUGAAUUCCCUAGUGUCCUCUCUUACUUUUUCCGCGACAAGUCUAUCUUGAUCGACCUGCUCUAGCUAUUGUAUACAACCAGUCAACCAGUCAACAAGACAACUAGGUAGCUUUUCGCAUAUUUGUCUCAACCGAAAGAAGCAAUGGAGGAAGCAGCUGUGAAGAGCGAUGGCUUAUAUAUCCCGCUUAUUGACUUCUCCCAAUUCCUGAACGGCAAUCCGGAACAGAGGAAGCAGACUGCCGAUGCCAUCCUCCGCGGUUUCCAAACGUCCGGGUUCGUAUACCUAAAGGGUCUGCCCGUUAUAUCCGAGUAUCGGAAGCAUGUGUUCGAGACGUCGGCCAAGUACUUCAGGCUUCCUCUCGAGACCAAAAUGUCUCACUGCUGGACUACGCCCGAGGCCAACCGGGGCUACUCGGCGCCGGGCAGAGAAAAGAACACAGUUCUGACGGACAUCGAUGCUAUUAAAAAGCUGAGGGAUUCUGCACCUGAUCUGAAGGAGAGCCUCGAAAUCGGCCGCGAAAACGAACCUGGUUGCCCAAACCACUGGCCUAAUGAAGAGGGCGAGCUGGUGGGUUUCAAGGAGACAAUGCUCGGAUUCCACGACAAGUGUAAGGAACUGCAUGUAGAGGUUAUGCGCGCCAUCGCCGUCGGUCUGGGUAUCGAAGAGUCAUGGUUCGACAAGUAUACUGAUGUCGGAGAUAACACAUUGAGACUCCUUCACUACCCCGAAGUCAAGAGGGAGGUGUUCAAGAUCAACCCAGGCCAAGUUCGGACCGGCGCGCAUAGCGACUACGGCUCCAUCACCUUGCUGUUCCAGGAUUCCCAGGGCGGUUUGCAGGUACAGAGUCCGACGGGUGUGUUUGUUGAUGCAGCGCCGAUUGAGGACACCUGCGUGGUGAACGCCGGGGAUUUGCUCGCGAGGUGGAGUAACGAUAACAUCAAGAGCACCAUUCACCGGGUUGUAGAGCCCCCAUCCCGCGAAGACGAUGUUUAUCCUGCUAGAUAUAGUAUAGCAUACUUCUGCAACCCCAACUUCAAGGACUACAUCGAAGCUAUUCCUAACACUUAUGCUACCGAACAGGACAAGAAAUAUGAGGGUGUCAAUAGCGGCGACUAUCUCAUCCAGAGGUUGACGGCUACUUAUUAGUUGGAAGAACUAAAUCGAAAGUUUCAAAGGCUAUAUUUCGUGGAGUUGCGUGCUUUGCGUUAGUUAGGAUGAAAUAAAAAUCUCUAUCUGGUGAUCGUCAGGACAGGAUGUCGUGGCCAUCGGAUAUUGGGUCGUACCCUAACCUUAGGGCCAUCUCUUCAUUUGACAAUGGGUCCUAUCCAUAGUUUGAUCCUAUCUAAAGUCGUCGAAUUGGAUGAACCGAUGUUUAAUUUUGAGGGUUGUGGAUUGUGUUGUUGUAUUG